GGAUGAGAAGAAGGAGAAGGAUGAGAAGGAAGGAUGAGAAGAAGGAUGAGAAGAAGGAGAAGGAUGAGAAGAAGGACAGUUCUCGGUUGAAACAGCUGUAUGGAGUGAAUGUCCCAGAAACUGUCAGAAAUAGACUAUUUCUGACAGUUCUGGGACAAUCACUCCAUACAGCUGUUUCAACCGCUGUAUGGAGGGAAUGUCAUGGAACUGUCAGAAAUAGACUAUUAAUGACAGUUCUGGGACUGUCCUUCCAUACAGCGGUUGAAACAUUGUAUGUAUUUGUUUCC